AUGGCCCCUCGACGCGAUGGGCAGGGGCCAGGGGCCUGGCAACCACCAAGGGCGUGGGGUUACCGACCCACCAUCAACUGGCAGGAGAUCGCGGUGCAGCGCAAGCUGGUGGCGAACAAGCAGGUGCUGGCGUGCAUCGUGGUGAGCGGCGUGGUCAUCGUCACGACCGGGGUCAUCCUCACCGUGCUGGGCUUCCUGGUCAUCAAGAGCCAGUGUCCCUUCCUGUGGCGGGAGCGCGCGGGCUUGUGCUACUACGUGGCCAAACACAACACCACCUGGGAGGACGGCCGCGCCUACUGCACCUCCCAGAGCGCCGCGCUGCUGCACCUCCACUCCCUCGCCGAGGCCGACUUCGUGACGGAGUUAAUGUCGGGGCGCAGCUGGCUGGGGGCGCGCAGGAAGCCGGGGCAGCAGGAAUCGUGGAAGUGGACGGACUCGGGCGCGUCGCUCAACUACUCGCGCUGGCCCGGGGGGAGCGUGCCCGCCAGCCUGAGGAGCGACCUGUGCGCCGCCGUGGAGCCAAGCGGAGAGUGGUUAGCAGUGGAAUGCGAUGCCGAUGAAACAGCUUACGUGAUCUGCGACUAUACGCCAGGCUACAACCCCUUCGUGCUGGUGGGGCCGGUGGUGGCUGGCUGCGGCGUGGUGGUGCUAAUCCUGAGCGUGGAGGUGUGUAUCCGCCACCGGGAGUCCAUCAGCAAGAACCGAAAACUGGGCGACCAGGAUGAAAGCGACAGAGAGGUGGACGAGGGCAUCAUUAACUACGGCUACGGGAACUUUGGGGCGGAGGAGGAGGAGGAGGAGGAGGACAAGAGGAAAAAGAUAGCGGAAGAGGAAGCAGAGAAGAACAAGGACCUCCAGCGAAUACAGAAGGUCGUGGUGUCGCCGGGGAAAACGAAGGAAGAGGAGACGAAGGAGGAGGAGGAGGAGGAGAAGGAGGAGGAGGAGGGGGAGGAGGCUACUGAAGGAGGGGAGGAGGAGAGUGGAAGCCCUAAGGUGGAGGUCGUCCCCGCCUCCCCCUCCCCCGCCCCCCUUUCCAUUCCCUCCGUUGACGAAAAUUCCCCUUCGCAGGAAAAUCUUGAGUUACUCCUCUCACCUAAAACCCUGGAGUGACCCCCCUUCCCAUUCUCUCUCUCUCUCUCUCUCUCUCUCUCUCUCUCUCUCUCUCUCUCUCUCUCUCUCUCUCUCUCUCUCUCUCU